AUGAGUUCAAAGAAUGAUGAAAAUGAACAUUGUUGUGGAACUCAUUUUUGGUUUCUAGUAUUAAUGUGUUGGGUUUUUAUGGCAUUUGCUGCCAUUUCAUCAGCACUUGCUCUAGGACUAUUGUCCUUCAGCCAAGUUGAUCUUGAAGUUCUUGUUAAAGCUGGACAACCUCAAAUCCAGAAAAAUGCAGCUAAGAUUAUGUCGAUUGUUAAGAAUGAGCAUUUAAUUCUAUGCACUCUCCUCAUGGCUAAAUCAUUGGCACUAGAGGGUGUUUCUGUUCUUAUGGAGGAAAUGUUCCCUGAAUGGGUUUCUGUCUUGCUUGCAGCUGCCCUUGUCAGUAUCAUUGCAGAGGUUAUUCCUCAAGCUUUGAAUUCUCGUCAUGGUUUAAGAUUUGGAGCCAUAAUGUCUCCCUUUGUUAGAGUUCUUUUGCUACUUUUCUUCCCAGUUGCAUAUCCAAUUAGUAAGUUGUUGGAUUAUCUUCUUGGCAAAGGACACACUGCACUUUUAGGAAGAGAAGAACUCAAGAUUUUAGUCAAUUUGCAUACUAAUGAGGCAGGAAAAGGUGGAGAAUUGUCACUACAUGAAACUAGAAUAAUUGCUGGAGCUUUGGAUUUAACAAUGAAAACUGCUAAAGAUGCUAUGACACCUUUGAAUCAAACUUUUUCACUUGACAUAAACUCUAAACUUGAUAUGCAUACAAUGGGCAUGAUAAUGAACAAAGGUCACAGUCGUAUACCAAUUUUCUCUGAAAAACAAACAAAUAUUAUUGGACUUAUCUUGGUAAAGAAUUUAAUGUUCUGUCGUCCUGAAGAUGAAACGCCAAUUAAGUUUAUGACUAUAAGAAGAGUUCCCAUAGUUGGUGAAAAUUGGCCAUUAUAUGAUAUUCUGAAUCAAUUCAAGAAGGGUCAAAGUCACAUGGCUAUUGUCCUCAAAGAGAAGAUAAGAACUGCUGCAAUUGAUACACAAGGAGUUGUAUCAUUUUUACCGCAUGAUUAUAUUAGCAUCUCAACUGAGGCAUCAAAUUUGCAAUCAGAAGACUCGGAAUAUUAUAGUGCAACAUUGAAGAAUGCCAUGCUUCAAGAGAGUAGUGACUCAGAUCCACUUCAUAAAUCAACACAACAUGACACAAGUACUUCUUCUUUAGAGAAUAUGGAGUCCUUUCUAUCUGAUGACGAAGUGGUUGGGAUUAUAACUUUGGAAGAUGUCAUGGAAGAGCUUCUUCAGGAAGAUAUAUUGGAUGAAACUGAUCAAUAUAUUGAUGUCCAUCAAAAUAUCACCAUAAAAUUGCAACAUCCAAGAAGAGGGUCAUCAGGGUCUUCCAGAAGAGCUUCAACUUCUCAUCAACAGCGAAGAAGUUCAGAUGCAUCUCGAGUUCGAAUUUCAACUCCAACAUUCAUUUCACCAAUAUCUCCUAACUAA